AUGAGUUUUCUCUCUUUGUUGCGUUCAUUAACGGAGAAACCGGGAUCUUGCCGACCAGAAUUAUGCGUAGAAGGACCCAACAGAACCUGCGAGAAUAUCACCGAGGAAGACUUAUUUAAGUACACAAGACACCGAUGGUUAUUCCAUGAGAACGAAGAACUCUCUAAGCGCUACGUGAGGCUCAACGUGCAGGCGCUUGUCGAUGCUGCCGUGAAAGCCAGUGAAGGAGCUCGAUAUUGCACCAAGAUCCUUAAAUGCUCAGAGGGCCUACACAACAAAGCGUUUAUUUUGACAAUGGACAAUGGAAGUGAAGUUUUCGCAAAACUCCCAAAUCCGAAUGCUGGACCGACUCAGUACACAACCGCCUCUGAGGUUGCCACGCACGAGUUGCUACGUGACGUUUUUAAGAUUCCUGUCCCCCGAAUUCUUGCAUGGUCUUUCGAUGCAGCGGAUAGCCCUGUUGAGGCGGAGUAUAUCAUUGCAGAGAAGGCGCCAGGAAUCAAACUUGGCUCUGUAUGGAGUCAAUGGACACGAGAAGCAAAAUUGAGCUUGAUUAGACAAGUUGUUGACAUGGAAAACACGUUGACUACUAUAUCCUUUCCUAGGCAUGGCUGUAUCUAUUUCAAAGAUGACCUUCAAUUAUUAGCUGGUGAAGCGGAAAACAUCUACGUUGAGUCUUCCACUCCUCAGUCCCUCGAUCGUUUUUCCAUUGGCCCCCUAACAUUUGCUGAAUUGUGGGAUAAUGGUAGGAAAGACAUGAAAUUAGAUCGUGGCCCUUGGCGUGAUCCGCAAGACUACACAAGAGCGUUAGGACAAAAUGAAAUCGCGUGGAUCAGAUCGCAUGCUCAUCCUCGAAUGAACUACUAUAGGUCGAGUCAAGAAUAUGAACUCCCUGAUGACGGCCUUCGUCUUCUUGCCAAGUACAUGGAUGUGGCACCUUAUUUGAUUCCUCCGUCAACCAAUGAACCUGCGAUGUCCAAAGUGAUCUGGCACCCUGAUCUUUAUCUGGAUAACGUUUUUGUUGAUCCCACUACGCAUGAAAUCACCUGCAUUGUGGAUUGGCAGUCUGCAUGUGUUGCUCCUCUCUUUUACCAGUCAGGCGUUCCCAGAAUGUUCCGACAUUAUCAGCCUGUUCGAGAAGGAUGGGUUAUACCAGAACGGCCUGAGAAUUUUGACACCCUCACUGAAGAUGAGAAAAAGAUGAUUGAUAGUGAUUUGGAAAGUGAGGCCAUGCAUAAGUAUUACGAAGCUCAGGUUUGCAAACGGGCACCUUUCCACUGGGCUGUACUUCGCAAAUCGACUAUUCCCACAGUGAGGAAGCCUGUCUGGCUGGUAAGUGGUGUGUGGCAAAAUCGAGAUCUCUUCUUUCUGCGCCAGUCACUCCUCUCCCUUGCUACCCAUUGGCAUGAGAUUUUUGCAAGGAACCAAUUGCCUUGUCUGAUUGAAUUUACCGAUCAAGAAAUAGAGCUUCACUCUAAGGAGGAAGAUAAUAUUGACGGAAUUGGACACAUACUCGCAUUGUUUCGAGACCAAGGUGUACUACCAAUCGACGGGAUGGUGGAGCCUGAAGAUUACGAAAUUGCGAGCGAGAAUAGCCGCAAAUUCAAGGACAUAUUUGUUGGGUCGGCCAAGAAUGAAGCUGAGAAGGAGUUAUAUACAAAGCUUUGGCCGUACCAAGACCAAAUGUGA